GAAGGCAACUCAACUCUUGGCUCAGACAAACCUCAAGCGACGACAAUAGAUCUUGUUCGCAGACAACGAAAACAAAAUGGAGGGUCUAUUUUUCAAUGUUCAGAAUGGGUAAGGUCUUAAUUCCUGUUGGUAACAUUAAUACCUAAUACUUUCGCAGCUACAUUGAGGGUAUCGUCAGAGGUUAUCGCAAUGGACUCUUGACUGGCCAGAAUUAUAAUAAUUUGAUUCAAUGCGAGACCAUCGAUGGUAAAAGAUACUUUCCUGCUUUUCAAACACAUCAAGUAACGAGGAACUAGAUCUUAAGCUUCAACUUGGACCUGCGUACGGCGAUUUCUUAGCAUCACUUCCACCUAAUCCUUCAACAUCUACCUUGGCUGCGAAGACGACCGACAAACUCAUCUCCGAAUUUCGAUACCUACGAGCAAACGCCGUUGGAUCGCUCGCAAAGUUUAUGGACUAUUUGACAUAUGGAUACAUGAUCGAUAAUGUAGCCCUUUUGAUUACUGGCACUCUCCACGAAAGAGAUACCCGGGAAUUACUUGAAAGAUGCCAUCCUCUUGGUUGGUUCGAGACUAUGCCCGUGUUAUGUGUGGCUACAAACAUAGAGGAGUUGUACAACAGUGUAUUGAUUGAAACGCCGUUAGCGCCUUAUUUCAAGGGAAGUUUAAGUCAUCAAGAUUUGGAUGAGCUCAACAUUGAAAUUGUCCGAAACACGUUGUAUAAGAACUACCUAGAGGAUUUCUACAACUUUGUGAAUACUGACCCAGAUAUGGCCAGCACUCCAACCGCCGAAGUUAUGUCUGAAAUACUGGAGUUCGAAGCCGAUAGAAGAGCUAUCAACAUUACACUCAACUCUUUCGGUACAGAGCUAUCAAAGAAAGACCGCCAAAAGCUUUAUCCCAAUUUUGGGCGUCUAUCCCCAGCAGGAACAAUCUUACUGUCAAGAGCAGAAGAUAUUGAGGGUGUUAGACUUGCUGUUGAAGGGGUUAGCGACUACAAGGGUUAUUUUGAUGCCACCGGAUUGGGACAAAGUAGCACUGGGGCCGGCAACAUGAGCGGGGGAGCUGGUGGUAAUGAGAAAAGUUUAGAAGAUUUGUUCUAUCAAAAGGAGAUGGAAAUCUCCAAGGGUGCAUUCACGAGACAAUUCACAUAUGCUAUUGUUUAUGCAUGGGUCAAGUUGCGAGAACAGGUAUGUUCCAUUAUUCAUAUCAAGCCAGUGGAUGACUUCUAAUAUUUUGCAGGAAAUACGCAACAUUACCUGGAUCGCCGAGUGCAUAGCACAAAAUCAAAAAGAACGAAUUGGCAAUUAUAUCAGUGUAUUUUAGUGCGGGGAGUUAACAUGUUACUAAUAGUCUUUUCUUUCUUCUUGACAUAAGGAUGUCAAGCUUCUGUACUGGUCUAGUUGGCGAGCUGGCGUAGGGAGAUUACGGAUACUGAUUUUCAAAUUGCAUGAUACACUUUUAUAUCUCC